GUGGUUCGUGAGCAAAAGUUGGUUUUUUGUCGCGGUUGGCGUUAGUCUCCAUUUAUAAAACCAUGUCAUUGUGGUGUUUGUUAGUGUUUGGAGUCUUUCAGUCGCUUUUUCAGUAGUUUUGUCGUGUACAAUAAGUGCCGUGUUGUCGUCGUCAGCGUAUUGUAAUAUGUAUGCCGUUCUCUCGAUUUGAUUUUUGUCUGGUAAGUUGUAAUUGUAUGUCAUGGCAGAAUAUACUGUAGAGAAAGGGUGAGAACGGAGAUCCUUGAGGGAGCCCUUGUUCAGGCAAAAAAGAAAAGGAUAGUGUGUUAUCAAUUCGUACUUGUAGUUGUCUGUUUUCUAAUAAAAUCUUUAUGGUGUGUAGUAGAUAUGGUGGUGUGUGGAGUUUGUAUAGUUUGUAUGGUAAGCCCCUAUGCCAGACACUAUCAAAAGCCUUGUUGAUGUCCAUGAGUAGACAUACCGACGUUCCGUCAGUUAGUGUGUCAAAAGUCCAACAGCUCGCCGAACCUGCACAACCAUCCGCUCAAGAAGAGCCUGAUGGUCUAUUCGGAAAACGGAUCCACUCCGAGCACCAAAGGCUGCCUGAACUGUCAGCUACCGAAUCUGGGCAUAACGGAGAAGAAGCGCGCCAGCAACACCUACAGCCUCAUCAAGGAGUUUAUGCAGGUGCCGGGUUUCCAGGUGAUGGAACCGGGUAUCAAGUCGGAGCCUUGCCAGCACCAGGACGACGCGUCCCGAACUAAGGACACUCUCAAAGAAUCUACUUAUACGCUCGCCAGGAAGGUGGUUCGGUCCACCCACAUGGACAAGAGCAUUGAAGCUAAGAGAAAGGUGAUUAGAAUGCUGUUCGUCAUCGUGGCCGAGUUCUUCAUCUGUUGGGCGCCACUGCACAUUGUCAACACCUGGUAUCUGUAUUAUCCGAAGGAAGUCUACGAGCUGGUGGGAUCGACAGGAAUCGCCCUAGUCCAGCUCAUGGCCUAUAUCAGCUCCUGCUCCAAUCCAAUCACGUACUGCUUCAUGAACAGGAAGUUCCGCCAAACAUUCUUCACUGCUUUCCAAUGUCGAGCGCCCUGCUUGCCAGAUACAUCGGCGUCCGUUUCGAAUAUCGAUGGCCGGCCAAAAAACGUCGUUCUCAAAAAAGCGGGCAAUAACUCAGAGAAUUCCUGCAACGAUUCGACGUUGUUCGUCGGUCGAAUCAGCUACUCUGGCCGAUCGGAUCCAGAAGCCGAGGAUCGUGUUUAGCAGCGUUUUGGAGCACGCGCGACCCUCCACGUCUUUGGCCGUAAUCGAGGUCGAUCCGGCGGACGAGUCGUUCCGCUACAAAAUCUCCUGGAUCAAGAAUCAAAAUGGUGCUCAAAACAAUAAUGGACUAACGAAAUCGAAUUUUUAGUUUUCAAGUGCAACGACGAAAGGUGGCAGAAAACUCCAAGUACCUAAGAAAAACAGCCGGAACCAAAGUGAAUGCUUUGUGCAACCGCAACCAGUCACAUUAACCCUUAGGGGAGCAAGUGGAUGUGUAUAUACUGGAUUAAAUUUAAUCAAAAAAGCCUUUUGUAUUAUAGUGUGUAUGCGAUUCAAGCGUAUAUAAAAUCUGUCGUCAUCAGAGCCACUAAAACAGCAAGGGUACUAUCAAAAGAGACAGACUUUCAAGGCCAUUCCUUGAAACUAGUAGGUUUUUCAGGUUUUUAGGCCGUCGUAAAAUGGAAUUUCUUCAUGA